UUAUAACAAUGACACAGCUAAAAUUGUUACAAAAUAUUCUAAAAACAACAAGCAGACUGCACAGCAGUUGUUUAUCAGUUGAACUACAGCCCAGCAAGCGUGAUUAUGUUACAAAAACGAAAGCAGUGGAACCAAAACCAUUCGAGGCUAUGCCAACUGUAAACAAUUUUCGACUAUUAAUAGACUUUAUGCCUGGCGGUAGAUACUACAAUCUGGAUCUGAAUGACAUGACCAGAAAUAUGCUGAAUAAUGCCAAUUCUGAUAUCUUGUUGCUGAAGGGACUGUUUGGCAAGGUUAAUAUGGUGCUCACACAGAAUCCCGAUGAUUUCGAGAUCGUUUUUCGUCAUGAGGGUGCCUGGCCUGGUCGCAUGGGUUUCGAGCUGAUGAAUCAUUAUCGUACGGUGCAUCGCAAGGAUUACUUUGGUGAUGUUAUAGGCUUGGUGAGCUCACAGAACAAGGCGUGGGGCGAUAUGCGUUCGGCUGUCAAUCCCAUUAUUAUACAUCCCAAGAAUGUGAAGCUCUAUUUGGGCUCAUUGGAUCGCAUUAACGAACAGUUUAUAGCGCGCAUCAAAGCCAUACGUGAUCCGCAAACCCUGGAAAUGCCAGCGGACUUUAAGGAUGAAAUCAGCGCCUGGACCUUGGAGUCUGUGGGCAUGGUUGCGCUCGACUGUCAGCUGGGACUUAUAGAUCGCACUAAUCCAACGGGUCUGCGCUUCUUUACGCUGCUGCAGGAAUUCUUCGACCUAUCUGCAGAGCUGGAGGUGAAACCCUCGAUCUAGCGUCAGAUCAAGACGCCCAAGUUCCACAAAGUUAUGCGCGCGCUGGAUGAAUCUCUGCAAAUCGUCGAUGGCUAUGUGC